UCUUCCUGCUCCCGCCGUGCUGCUGGACGCCCCGACGGUAGCCAUCUGCGCCGCAGUGGGCCCGGUGCCCCCGCCUCCGCGAUGCCCCCCAAGAAACAGGCUCAGGCCGGGGGCAGCAAGAAGGCGGAGCAGAAGAAGAAGGAGAAGAUCAUCGAGGACAAAACUUUCGGUCUAAAGAAUAAGAAAGGAGCAAAGCAACAGAAGUUUAUUAAGGCUGUCACUCAUCAAGUGAAGUUUGGUCAACAGAAUCCACGUCAGGUAGCACAAAGUGAAGCUGAAAAGAAAUUGAAGAAAGAUGACAAGAAGAAAGAACUACAAGAGCUAAAUGAGCUAUUCAAACCUGUAGUUGCUGCACAAAAAAUAAGUAAAGGUGCAGAUUUCAAAUCUGUGGUGUGUGCAUUCUUCAAACAAGGAUAGUGUACUAAAGGAGAUAAAUGUAAGUUCUCUCAUGUCCUCACUUUGGAGAGAAAAUGUGAAAAGCGAAGUGUUUACAUUGAUGCAAGAGAUGAAGAACUUGAAAAAGAUACUAUGGAUAAUUGGGAUGAGAAAAAGCUGGAAGAAGUAGUAAACAAGAAGCACGGUGAGGCAGAAAAGAAAAAACCAAAAACUCAAAUAGUGUGCAGACAUUUCCUUGAAGCUAUUGAAAAUAACAAGUAUGGCUGAUUUUGAGUGUGUCCGGGAGGUGGCGACAAUUGCAUGUAUCGCCAUGCACUGCCUCCUGGGUUUGUGCUGAAGAAAGA